AUGGGCCGAAAGAGCCGCAGUCGAAUAAAGCUCGCUCCUGUUGACAUGAGUUGCAGUUUCUCGGUAUCUGACUAUCGACAGUUCGACAUGCCCUUAGUCUACUGCUCACCAACAUUCGAACAAGUAAGUGGCUACUCGAUGAAUGAGAUCAUCGGUCUGAAUCAUCGGUUUAUGCAAGCACCAGUCGGCCUGGUCGAAGCUGGCUCGGUGCGAGAUCACACGGACAAUCUCGCAGUGUUACAAAUGCUGAGCAAGCUGUCUCUUGGACAAGAAGUUCAAGUGAGCCUCAUGAAUUACAAGAAGGGAGGCAGACGCUGGGUCAAUCUUUUGACCAUGAUGGCCGUGCCCUGGGAUGGCGAUGACAUUGCCUACAUUGUGGGUUUCCAGGUGGAUAUCAUGGAGUCGCCCGAAAGUGUUCUGCAAAAGAUGCCAGAUUCGACCUAUUAUAUCGACUACCGAAUCUCUCGCAUCCCCCGCUCGCCUCCAGCAGUCGCCUUGCAAGCGCCCACCACUUUUUCAUACGGAGCCGGAAGUUUGCCACAGAUGGAAGGCUUGGUCCGGGCAAGAUUCAGCAAGGACGAUGCAGAAGGCUUCGCUGAUGCCUGGCAAGACCUUAUGGUUGAGCAAAGCCCGAAUGCUAUUGUGGUUUGCUCCCUCAAGGGGGUUGUAAGUUACUGCUCUGACCGAAUCGAAGCACUUCUUGGAUACACGACAAGUGAAUUCGUCAAUCUAGGCCUGCAAAGUAUUUGUCAUGUAUCAGAUAUUGUUCCGUUCAUGCGAGAGCUUCGGGAAGCCGAGGUAGGAAAGCCUAUCAGCCUGCUGGCACGACUCCGACACAGGAGUUCCGCAUACGUGUGGGUUGAGUUCGAUGGAGCAGUGCUUCUGGAGCCCAAUCGAGGCAUGAAAACUAUCAUUUUGUCUGGGCGCAAAGUUGGUCUGCCAGCUUUGACAAAACUACAAGGUCAACAAGAUGUCGAUUUCGGGGCCAGCGGUCUAUGGUGCAGGGUCGAUCCGCAAGGCAUGAUUCUCUGGGCGAGUGCCGCAGUAUCCACUUUCCUCGGCAUCUCGCGUGAUCUCAUUAUUGGCAAGAACUUUGUCAUUUUGAUUUCUUUCGAAGACGUUCCCUUGCUCAAGGAAUCUCUUCGCGCAGCGUUCUCAGGCCACCAAGCGACGGUACAGCAUAUUUAUCAGCCACAUCAAUCUAAGGGCCAUUCCAGAGUCUCGCUCACUUCGCGACUAUUCCCUAGUCAGCCAGAUCCACAUGUUCAUCCCAGUAUCAUGAUAUGUUCUCAUGUCGACAGUCCUGAUCCAAUAUUGCGGGUACCAGUUGACGCGACUGCCGACACGAUGCAAGAGUGCUUUUAUUUGGAAGAGCUUAUGCCGGAGCGCAACACAAGCUGGCAGUACGAGCUUCAUCGUGUCUUGCUUAUCAACCGUCGCUUAAAGCGUGCGGUUGACAAUGCCCUUCACCCUGAAGUGCGGCCGACGACCUCUCCGAGGCCUUCUGAAACAAUUUGUACCAAUUGCUUCAAAAGGCAGACUACCCAGUGGCGGAAAGGCCCAGAUGGCCCUCGAAGUCUUUGUAACUCGUGCGGACUCCGCUAUGCAAAGCAGCUAAAUCAGCGUGCGCAGCUCAUGGCCGAAGUGCCACUCUGA